UUGCAGCCUGUGUUGGAAAUCAAGUGUGGCUACCAUCCAUCACUUGCUGCGAUCGCAGCAUCGAGCACCACUUUCACGUAUAUUCCAAACAGCGUUGAAAUUGGUGGAAAUGGCCCUUCUACUAUUCUACUGACCGGACCAAAUAUGGGCGGUAAAUCAACUUUGAUGCGGCAAGUUGGCGUGCUCGUGGGGAGUUUUGUGCCGGCGGAAGAGAUGAGAUUAUCACCAGUGGAUCGGAUUUUUACGAGGAUGGGUGCCGGCGAUCGGAUCAUUGCAGUAUUUCAACGUUUUUUCAUUGGUAUAAGUUUAGGCCAGUCGACGUUCUACGUUGAAUUGAAUGAAACGAAUGCUAUUUUGAGGAACGCAACCAAGCAUUCACUUGUAAUAAUGGAUGAGCUCGGCCGAGGCACAAGCACGUACGAUGGGACAGCAAUAGCAUACGCAGUGUUGAUGGAUGUGGCAACGCGAUUGCGCUGUCGUGCUUUCUUCUCCACCCAUUAUCAUAGCUUAUGUAAAGCUGUGGAAACUGUUAGCAACAUCAGAGCUGCUCAUAUGGCUUGCAUGGUGGAAAAUGAAAAUGCCGAAGAUCCAACAAUGGAAAAUGUCACAUUCUUGUACACACUGGUGGACGGUGUAUGCCCAAAAUCGUACGGAUUCUUUGCUGCGAAAAUUUCUGGCCUUAGAAAAGAGGUUGUUCGAGCUGCUUUUGCUGCUUCGCGGCGCCUUGAUUCUGCGAAAACAGCGAAAGAACGAUGGGAGAAAUUACGUGAAGCUGCACAGAAUGAGAAAUAUAGUGUUGCACAGCUCAGAGAAAUGAUCAAUUCUGUGUUGGUUUCUUCCUGAAA